AUUUCUUGCCUAAUCUGGAGUUCUGGACUUUCCCAGUUAAAAUAUGAGCCAUUGACGCCAUGAAGCCAUGACCAAUCCUUUACAAUCUCUCCCUCCUUAUCUGUAUUUGAUUAUUUCUCUCUCUCUCUCCCCCCAUUCCCUCUCAUCCUUUCCUGCUUUCCCUUUAUAAUUGAUAUAUACCAUUAUAAUCCCUGGUUUUACGCCAUUAUAAUACUUGGGUGAUCCGCUUCCCUCUCUCUCUCCCUCCCUAUUCCCCUUUUUCUGAGGCUCCUCCGCUCUUCCGCUUCUUCUUUGUCAUGGCAAUAGAGAGUAGAACAGUCAGAUUCGAAGAGGAAUUUAUAUUCAAUUCUCGAGAAUUUAAACUUUAUACUUGUAGAUGGCUCCCUGCAAAUACAGAACCAAAAGCUUUAAUCUUUCUAUGCCAUGGAUAUGCCAUGGAGUGCAGCAUCUCUAUGAAAGGAACUGGAAUUCGACUUGCAAGAGAAGGUUUUGCAGUAUAUGGGAUUGAUUAUGAAGGCCAUGGGAAAUCAGCUGGGCUGAGUGCUUAUAUCCCUCGCUUUGAUGAUCUGGUCAAUGACUGUUCUAACUAUUUCAUGAGCAUAUGUGAGAAGAAAGAGAACAGAAGAAAAAUGAGAUUUUUAUUAGGAGAAUCUAUGGGAGGAGCAGUGACUCUCCUCUUGCACCGAAACAUGCCUGAUUAUUGGGAUGGUGCAGUCUUGGUUGCUCCUAUGUGUAAGAUAGCAGACGAUAUGAGGCCUCAUCCAAUUGUGAUUAGCGUAUUAGAAACGCUUUGCAAGGUCAUCCCUACAUGGCAAAUCAUCCCAACGCAAGAUAUAAUUGAACUGGCCAUCAAAGAACCCGAAAGGAGAGAAGAGGUUCGCUCAAACCCCUUCUGUUACAAAGGAAGACCUCGUAUGAAAACUGGCAAUGAGCUUCUCAGGGUCAGCUUAGACUUGGAACAAAACCUCCACCAGGUCUCAUUACCGUUCCUAAUAGUGCAUGGAGGUGAUGAUAAAGUGACUGAUCCUUCUGUAAGUAAAUUGUUAUAUGAAUUAGCAACAAGCGAAGACAAGACUCUGAAGUUGUAUCCAGGGAUGUGCCAUGCUCUCACAUCUGGGGAGCCCAUCCAAAACAUCGACUUAGUCUUCGCCGACAUCGUCGACUGGUUGGAUCAUAGAACGACAGCGAAGACCUCCAGUACUAGAUGGGAAACGGAGCAGAAGAGUGGAUAUGACCCUAAGAUCCAUGCUCUCCAAGGCAAGACUACAUAGCUUGUAUAUGUAGUCUAAGCUCCCUUAGCUGCAUUGUAUUGGUGCUGAAAUAAUGACCACAUACAUGAUACCUCGUGGUCUAGAAUUAAGUUAGGUGCAUCUUUCUAUGGUUCUGUGGUUGAAACUUGAAAGAGUGAAAGUUUUCAACAAGGUAUGGUUAGGAUUGAGUUCCCCUUCAUUCAUGGCAAAGUAAUAAAUCCUUUGCCGAAGAUUGCCAACACCAUGAGAUGGGCAUUAAAAAUAAUAGGAGAGGUGUUUUCGACCCACAUUAUAAGGGGAGUAAUAAAGACCUUAGGAUGGUGGAUGAACCCUCCGACCAAGUUUCCGUACAUUCAUGACGAAGAAAGAAUAUCUUUAUAUAUAAAAGUUUUGAUGAUUGGAUGGAACUUGGAAUAGUAUUAUGCUAAAGCAUGUGAAAAUUCAAAAAAUAAGUUGACUUCCAAUUCACUAAAAUAGGACAUUGAAUUAGAUUAAUAAAAAAAAAAAAUCCUCAAAACUCUUUACUUCCCCUUAUUCUAUGGCUUUUGGGGGUAAAGGGUGAGAUGCAACCUUUUUAUAUUAUUUAAAUAAUUUUAUAAAUUCAACUUAGUAAGGUAGCGUGUUUUAUGCAUGGUAUGAUGACAAUGGUUCAAUUCAUUGUAAUGGAUUAGAGUAAUUUACUAAUACAACAAUCCCCGAAAAGAUAAUUAAGAUUAAAAAAAAAAGAUAAUUUUUUGAGCUUUAAAAAGGCUAAAGUUUACCUUCACCGAUGAUGUUUUGACUUCAUCAUAUGGGACCAAUGGCAGUCAUUAAGGGAUGAAGAGAUUAAUCCUUCACCAUGGGUGAAAAAAAAACUCAUCUAACUAUGAAAAAUAUUGGUACUUCAUGAGGGAUUGUUUGGUAUGAUUAGUCUUGAUUUUGUUACUCUCUAACUGGGACAGUGGUGCAUUGCAGAACAAGGACAUCCCCCCCUACGUCAAUGGAUGAAAACGAGGCUUUAGUAAACGUCGCCAUUCAACCACCGAUCAGCUUCCUCCAUUACUUUCACCUGUGAAGCGUCUAUUAAGUUCUACCAAAA